AUGGCUCGGGAGAACCACACCACGGUGACCGAAUUCUUCCUGAUCGCCUUCACUGAGCACCCCGAGUGGGGGCUUCCCCUCUUCCUGCUGUUCCUGAGCUUCUAUCUCUUCACUCUGCUGGGCAACGCGGCCAUGCUCUUCCUGAUCCGCAAAGACCGCCGGCUCCACACGCCCAUGUACUUCUUCCUCAGCCACCUGUCCUUCGUGGACAUCUGCUACUCCUCGGCCAUCGUGCCCCUGCUGCUGGCCGUGCUGCUGCACCGCGGCGCGCUCAUCUCCCUGGCUGGCUGCGCCGCGCAGUUCUUCCUCUUCACCUUCCUGGCGUCCAUCGACUGCUACCUCCUGGCCAUCAUGGCCUAUGACCGCUACGUGGCCGUGUGCCAGCCCCUGCUCUACGCCACCAUCAUGACGGAGAAGGCGCGCUCGGGCUUGGUGGCGGGCGCGUACGUGGCCGGCUUCUCCAGCGCCUUCGUGCGCACCGUCUCGGCCUUCAGCCUCUCCUUCUGCGACCACAACGAGAUCAACUUCAUUUUCUGCGACCUGCCGCCGCUGCUGAAACUCACCUGCGGGGACAGCUACACCCAGGAGGUGGUGAUCGUGGUCUUCGCCCUUUUUGUCAUGCCGCUGUGCAUCGUGGUCAUCUUGGUGUCCUACCUGUUCAUCGUCUUGGCCAUCCUGCGGAUUCGCUCGGCGGGGGGCCGCUCCAAGACCUUCUCCACCUGCGCCUCCCACCUCACCGCCGUGGCUCUCUUCUUCGGGACCCUCAUCUUCAUGUACCUGCGAGAUAACUCCCGCCAGUCGUCCGAGGAGUACCGGGUGGUGUCCGUGCUCUACACAGUGGUGACGCCCAUGCUGAACCCCCUUAUCUACAGCCUGAGGAAUAAGGAGGUAAAGGACGCCGUGAUGAAAAUUCUCAACCGAUCCAAGACAAUGAGAAUGUCCUAG